UUGCUCCGGACUGUCAGUGAAAAUGUUGGAGUCCUUGUCGUCGGUCCAGCAAUUAGAUUUAGCUCCAAAAUGAGCGUUUCAACCCGUUUAAAGUUUAACAAAAUUUCGUUCAAUGCUCGCAAAGUUUGUUUUACCCUCUUCGUGACUUUAAUGUUUGGUAUUCAAGAAGGCAGCUGGAAUGAUUUGGUGUUUGUUCCUUGUUUAUUCAGUUGCGGCAGUUAAAUGGGAUGCGCCUGCGCCCUACGACCCGGUGUGGUUAGCCAGUGUCCAAAGCCACGGCCCGGUGCCAUCUGUCAACGAGACUCGGCUGUGGGGCUGGGUGAACAACCAUGACGUACAGUUUAGAUUGUUUACGAGACGGAACCCGUAUGAAUUUCAACUUCUGAAAGCGAAUGAUUCAUCAAUGCUGCGCGAAUCCAACUUCAACUUUAAUAACAAGGUGAAAGUUCUGGCGCACGGCUGGCUCAAUCACGGCGACGGUCCUAUGCCGGAAUCCAUUAAAGAAGCAUACCUAAAUGUGAGUGAUCUAAACAUUAUCGUCGUAGACUGGGGUACCGCGGCUAAUGUGAACUACAUAUUAGCCAGCUACAACGUAGCCUUAGUUGGAAGAUUACUCACAGAAUUUCUCAAUUUCCUCAUAAGUGAAGGCGUGUCAAUGGACAAUGUACAUCUUAUAGGACACAGUUUGGGAGCUCACGUUGUGGGUAUAGCAGGUGCUUAUGUCAAAGAAGGACCAAUAGAUACUAUAACAGGGUUAGAUCCAGCUUUACCACUGUUCACACUGGGCAAUAAAGAUGCACGUCUAGACAAGCACGAUGCGAGACAUGUUGAAGUUAUCCACACUUGCGGAGGUUAUCUAGGUUUCGCAGCGCCUCUGGGACACAUUGACUUCUACCCGAACGGUGGCACUCGCCAGCCUGGAUGUGGCAUUGAUUAUAGAGGCUUAUGUGCCCAUAACAGGGCCCACAUGUUUUUCGCGGAGUCGAUAAUAUCGGACGUGCCUUUCACCGCCGUCCGCUGCAAGGAUUACGAUGAGCUUUACUACGAGAGGUCCUGUAGAGGCACAGGCGAGAAGUUGAUCAUGGGCGGCUUUGAUAUACAUUACGGGAAAGACGGAAUUUACUACCUAAAGACUAGCGCUGAGAAACCUUACGCCUUAGGGGACGUAGCCCCGUGAGAAUUAACUCUUCAGGCUACUGUUUCUUCGAAACUGGAAGACCAAAAACAUAAUUAUACAUCAUACAUACAACAUAAGGUUAUGAAGUGACGUAGCGGGCCUCAAAUCAAAAUUAGUUGGGGGCGCAAUUAAUGAAGGGUAAAAAUUUCUCACAAAAGAAACAACAAUGCUCACAUAAAAUAAAUAUGACAAUGAUUUAACCUAUGUAGGAUGUUUGCUACUUUUGGGCGCACUUUUAUCUUUUUAUUCUUUACAAGUUAGCCCUUGACUACAAUCUCACCUGGUGGUAAGUGAUGAUACAAUAUAAGAUGAAAACGGGCUAACUUGUCAGCAGGAGGAUGAAAAUCCACACCCCUUUCGGUUUCUGCACGCCAUCGUACCGGAACGCCAAAUCGCUAGUCACGGUCGAAGCCAUGCACCAGCCAGACCGGGACCAAUUAAGACAUCCUUAAUCGGUCCAGCCGGGGAUCGAAUCCAGGACCUCUGUGUUGUAAAUACACUGCGCAUACCA